UCCAAGUCGUUAGUAACUUCCAGAACUUCCUACUCCAAUGGACCCAGAAAUCCAACCGGCAAACUCUACUCCCUUCGCCGCCGGCGAUGAUUCUGACGGUCACAACGAAGAGCGGCGAAAACUUUGCUCUAACUGUAACAGACCAAUAAAAGUGUGUUUAUGCAGCAUAAUUCCACCGGAACCAAUCGCAACCAUUAGUCGAAUCGUAAUCCUUCACCAUCCGCACGAGCAACGGCACAAGCUCGCCACAGUCCCUGUUCUAUCCAAGUGCCUCCGAAAAUGCGACGUUAUAGUUGGCCGGAGAUUACGCUACGGCGAUUCAGAAAUUCUCGAUUCUCUUCACGAUGUUGCUAUUCGUAACCCUAAUUUUCCGCACAGAGCAAUUUAUCUGUUUCCUGGUGCUGAUACAUCACCAUCUCAGGAAAUCAAUCAUUGGAAAUCCUCUAAACAUAUUGUAGAGAUGAGCAACUACGUCUUGAUUGCUUUUGAUGGAACUUGGAAGCACGCUCGAGAGAUGAUGCGUGCAAGCUUAUCAUUUUUGUCAAAGUUUGCUGUCCAGGUUCACUUAGACUAUGAUGUAGGCAAUGACGGCGGGACGAUCUUCAAUUCUGAUUUAAUUCUUAGGAAGGAACCAUUUAGCGGGUGCAUGAGUACCAUGGAGGCAGUAGCACAUUGCUUACGGAUUCUUGAGCCUAAUGGCAUUGAUAUAGAGUCAAGUUUGAUAGAGGUUUUAAGAAGUAUGGUCAAGUUUCAGGCUUCUUUUCUCAAGCCUAUGAAGCCUAGGCCAAAGUUGAUAAAAGGAGGACGAGAGGGAAAAACAUAAUUGCUUUGUUCCAUUUUCUUUGCACUUCUGAAGCAACAUGCACAAGGAUAGCCUCAAAUUCUGUUUUGGUUUGCAUGUACCGGACUGCUCACAGUUAUCCAGCCUGUACCUGGUAUCCCGAUUGAGCAAAAGGCAUGGCCAUGAGGUGCUUUGAUGAGGUUAUCCAAAUCUUCAGUUGCCGAAAACCUUGUCAGGCGGUGUUUUGAUUGGUGGGUAUAUGGCAGUAACCUGCUUAUGCGACAGUUGUCUCUCAUGCUGCUUUUCUCCAGCCUCAAUGGCAUCUUGUUUCAGGUCAAAUUUCUGUAAAGUAGUCAGCCUGGGAAAUCUGAAUCUUGGGCUUUGAUUUCUUUGAUGAGCACAUGGAAGCAAGCUAAGGAACUUACAUGACAUUAAUCAAUUUUUGCUGCCUAGUUUUAUCACAUAUUUGCAAGUUAGUUGGCUGAUGAUCUUCAAUUUGGACGUGGUCUGCACAAGAAUAAUGGGCCCAAGUUCGAGUAAAAGAACUUAAGUGCAAUUCCUAAAGUCAAAUCUUUGAAGCAUUGGCUUCAUCUGCUGCUUCAAAGAGGGCAAAGAGGAUGUCUAAAUGAUUAAUGAGAGUGGAUGUCUUCACAUGAAGUUUUAAUUUGGUUUCCUAGUACUGUUUACUUUAAGAAGUUUGUUCUGUCUUAGUGGUGGUGGUGUAAUUAUCAUUUAAUCGUUUGCUUCAAAUCACGGCGAUUAGUCUUAACUCUUUAUGCAGUUGCAGCCAGUGGCGAAAUUUGCCUAUUCGCGUUAA